UUUUUUUUCAUUUCAAAUAGUCAUUACAAUACAUUCUAUUUCUUAAAUAAUCACCAUCAUUAAUUCAUCCAUUCGGUUUCACAUUCUUCUUCACUCGGCUUUGCACUAAAUCAAAGAUAAAAGGAAAUAUCCAUAGUGUACGCCAUGACUUUGCCAGAGUCUCAAUUCCCUAUCCGCUGCCGUGGCCUUCUCUUUGACAUGGAUGGUACUUUGAUCGACACAACGGUCAUUGUAGAACGCCAUUGGAAGAUUUGGUGCGAAGGUCAUGGUGUUGAAUUUGAGCAAUUGAUCGCCACCUCUCAUGGUCGUCCUUCAUUCGAGAUAAUGAAACAAUGGGCUCCUGCACACCUCCAAAAGGAAUAUCAAACACCAGAAUAUUGCCGAAAGUUGGAAGAGAAUGUUGCUAACGACAAGGAUGGUAUGCUCAUCGUCCCAGGAGUCACUGAAUUGCUCAAGUCUCUCCCACGCAAUGUUUGGGCUGUAGUGACCAGUGCAGGCUUGGAUAUGGCGAAGCUGCGCUUUCUACAGACUGGGCUGGAGACUCCACCUGUCUUGAUCUCAGCUAAUCAUGUAACUCGUGGAAAGCCUCACCCCGAAGGUUACAUGGCUGCAGCUUCUCAACUAGGGCUUGAUCCAAAAGAUUGUGUUGUCUUUGAGGAUGCUCCUGCAGGUGUCCGUGCUGGUGUAGCCUCAGGUGCCAAGGCUGUGAUUGGCUUAAACACUGGGACCAUGCCGUUGGAACACUUGAUUGAAGCUGGUGCUAAUCCCAUUGUCAAGAGCUUUGAGGAGUUAGAUAUCAAGGUUGGAGAGGAUGGCUGGAUCGAAAUAAAUAGGAGGCAGGUAUAGACAGACUAGAUGGAGCAUGGUGAUGAAAAUAAUGCAUCAAUUACGAGCAGUAAGCAAUACAUUGGUGUAAUUGUCCUAAUUAAAGAAAAAUGUGGCGUAAGGGCAAAUAAAAGUCUUAUCACAAGAAACUCAUUAUCCU